AUGGCUGAUUCUACACCUACCGAUUCAGUGUCGGUGGAUAUGGAUUCCAUUACUCCUUCUCCUAAGGAACAUAUUAUCAGAACAUGCCAUGGUUCUGUCUCUGUUUCUGUGUAUGGAGAUCGGGACAAGCCAGCUCUAAUCACAUACCCGGAUUUGGGUUUAAAUUACGUCUCCUGCUUUCAGGGGAUAUUAUUUUGUCCUGAAGCAUAUUACUUGCUGCUCCACAAUUUUUGCAUAUAUCACAUUAGUCCACCUGGGCAUGAGUUGGGAGCAGCUAAAGUUGAUCCAGAUUACCCUGUUCUAUCUGUAGAUGACUUAGCCGAUCAAAUAGCUGAGGUGCUUAACUUUUUUGGUCUUAAUGCAGUUAUGUGUAUGGGAGUAACUGCUGGGGCUUACAUUCUUACUUUAUUUGCUAUGAAGUAUAGACAACGAGUUCUUGGUUUGAUACUUGUUUCUCCUCUAUGUAAAGAACCGUCUUGGUCUGAAUGGCUUUACAACAAGGUCAUGGCAAAUUUACUAUACUUUUAUGGCACGUGUGGGGUGGUAAAGGAAUUAUUGCUGAAGCGGUACUUCAGCAAGGAAAUUCGUGGGGGUACUCAUAUACCGGAAUCAGAUAUAGUUAAAGCAUGCCGAAGGUCGUUGGGGGAGAGGCAAAGCUUGAAUGUGUGGCGGUUCCUCGAAGCUAUUAAUAGGAGACCUGACCUAAGUGAAGGAUUGAGAAAAUUACAUUGCCGGUCUCUAAUUUUUGUCGGGGAUAUGUCUCCAUUUCACUCCGAGGCACUCCAUAUCACUUCAAAGUUAGACAGACAUUAUAGCGCCUUAGUUGAGGUUCAAGCAUGUGGUUCAAUGGUAACUGAGGAGCAACCUCAUGCUAUGUUAAUACCGAUGGAGUAUUUUCUCAUGGGAUAUGGCCUAUACAGGCCAUCAAGGUCAAGUGUCAGCCCAAGAAGUCCUUUGAGUCCAUCUUGCAUUUCUCCUGAGCUUUUUUCACCAGAGAGUAUGGGUUUGAAAUUAAAACCUAUAAAAACAAGAAUUGCUGGGGAAAUGUAG